AUGGAUGCCUCCUUCAGCGAUGCACAUGAAUCAGAAAGGUUAGAUACAAAAAUGUAUUAUUAUUAUUAUUAUUAUUAUUAUUACUUAAAAACCCAGAAGUCUCACUUGAGGGUCAAGUCACUAUUAAAAGCAGAGGUGCAGGCCCAGUUGGAUUUGUCCCAUCAGUUGGCAACCCACUUACACCUUGAUAUUUGCGAUGAGGCACACACAACGGACAGGCACCACCACUGUCUGCUUUAAGUAAGGCAUUCCCCACCCUUCGCACUAGCCCUGUGACAAUCUCUGCCUUGAGCUCAUUAGCUGUGCUUUGAGUUUCCAUGAUCUCAGAGGGCGAUUAAUAUCCAGGGAAUAGAGAUGGAUGGCCAGUGUCCCGGGGUGACCUCAACCCCCUGGAUCUGGAAGCCCCUCCCCCCCAUUGCUCUGUUAUUCUUUCCAGAGCCUGGGGAAGUGAACAUCCUCUCUGCCCCACCAAUUCCACCAGACAAGGAAGAGGAUAUUUCCACUUCUGCCGGAAGAAGGUGAGCCCUGGGAAUUGGAAGAGGAUCCACCCAAGAUCCCACAGGAUCGAUUUCCAGGAAAAGGUGAGAAAGGGGAGGGGUGGAGAGUUCCUCUUGGCAGAUUCCCAACUGAACCUGCCUUGUUUUCGAGGAGUUCCUAUAGGAACAUAGGAAGCUGCCUUAGGCUGAGUCAGGCUGUCGGUCCAUCUAGCUCAGUAUUGCCUGCACUGGCUGGCAGCAGCUCUUCAGGGUUUCAGAGGGGAAUCUCUUCUUCCCAGCCCAACCUGGGUUGAAUCAGGGGCAUAGCUGUCAAGCGUCCCUUAUUUGGCGGGACAGUCCCUUAUUCCAGCGCCAUGUCCCGCUGCUGUCCCUUAUUGAUGAUGUCUCUUAAGUAAGCUACUGAAGGUAAUGGGGCCCUUUCUAUGUCCAGCUGUCCUCUGUCAACAACAAAUUGUUGCUGUUUUUUGUGUUGAAUAUAUGCUAUAGGUAAUUUAUGGACCUAAUAGGUAUCUAAAGCCAUUUGCACGCAACAAAUUAUGUAUUUUAUCAAAGUAAUUGUUGAUCCCUUAUUUUGACUGCUGAUCCCUUAUUUUCAAGGCUGCUGGUCCCUUAUUUUCAAAUCUGUAAGUUGACAGCUAUGAUCAGGGGCCUUCUGCAUGCAAAACAUGGAACCACUGAACCAUGGUUCCCUCCUCCCAAAUAAAGUAAGAUUCCAUGGUUCCUCAUAGUUCUGAAGGCAGAGCUGAUUUAUUUCAUUUUAUUAAGUUUAUAUCCAGGCCCAGGGUGGCAACCAAGAAGUAAUAAAACAAUUAAGAAAUACGGGGGGAGGGGAGCCAGUAUAGGUGCAGACUGGGAAAGGCUUCCUCAAAGAUGAAUGCUUUUAGCAGGUGUUGAAAAUAAUAUAUAGGAACAUGUGAAACUCCCUUUUAGCUCAGUCCAUCUCACUCAGUUAUUGUCUACACUGACAUAUGAACCAUAGAUAGGUUGAAUGGUCAGUUCUGGCAAGGAACGUGUAGCCUCUUUAGUUACACCAGCUACCUGUUAAUUCCCAGACCCAAUUUCAACAUGCUAGUAAAUGAGGAUUUCAGUAUGGUAUACCACACAUUCUGCAAUUCUAACUUUUCCCUUUGGCUCUGCUCCUGUGCCUUGUGCCCCAGAAAUAUUUUUAAGAAGAGUGAAGCUUUUAUUCAGGGUAGAGACAAAAUACUUGAGGUGGGGAGGGGAAGCUUCACCUGUUUAAUUUCUGUAUGUCAAAAAUAUGUUUGUUUGUUUGUUUUUUAAUGUGGCAAAGUUCCCAAACAGCUUCUCUUGAGAGCACUCACACCCACACUCUCCAUUUAAAGCACAUCUCUACCACUUUGUGCCUUCCCUCUAAUAAUCUCGGGAGUUGUAGCUUGUUAUGGGUGCUGGGAACUAUAGCUCUGUGAGGGGUCUCCUCUCAGCACUCCUUCGCAAAUGACAGUUCCCAGGAUCCUUUGGGGGAAGCCACGACUGCUUAAAGCAGUAUAGGAGCGUUUUCAACAUGUGAAGAUGCGACCUCAGAUUCUGACCAGCCCAACUUUGACAUUGCUGCAAAUCCCUUAGAGUUUAGGGUUGCUUCAGGAGUUAUAAGACUCUGCAUUUAAUGAGUCUGCCAUGCUUCGGAGGAGGAUAAUAUUUCAGUUCCAGGGAGAGAAGGCUCCCCCAGCUGGAAUAUUUUUGCCACAAUAGCACCCUGUUAUAAGAAAAACUGCUCCUUUUCCCCUUUUAGGGUACCCAAGAGCCCAUAUAGAGUCUUUAAGUUGGUUCUCAAUUGGUAGGAGAAAAUAACAAGAGGCCAACCAGAGAAUAUUGAGAAGCAAAGCAACUAGUAAGCCUGAUCUCUAUUAAACUGCCGCAACAAGGUCCCCCACUCCCCGCAUGCAAGGAGGAAGGAGAGGAACCCAGAACAUUGGUUUGCAAGCUCUUAUGUAGACUUUUGAAAUUGCCCUCCCUGUAGCUCAAGACCACUCCCCAAAACACCUGUAGAUCAAGACCACCCCCAGAAACAUCAUACAUACAUCACAGAAGGGGUGUAGCUCAAGACCCCCAUCCCGAUACAUCAUACCUACAUCACAGAAAGGGCGGUCUACAGCAGAAAUCUGAGUGCUGUGUUUACCUCCUGUCUGCCAGUUUACCUGUUUAAUGAUCACUUGACUGGAUUGCCUGGAAAGCCUGGGCCAGUCUUUUGUAAUGAUAAACACUUAGUUCCUGAGCCCAAUGUGCCCUUAAGACAGGAUUUGUGAAGGAAAAGACAAUGGGGAGGCUUUUCCAUUUUCCUUUGACCUUGCAGAGAAAACAUUUGGUCAGUUUGGGAAUCAAAAUGGUUUCAGGUCGGUCUUCCUGUGCUGAUCUAUGUACAGUGGUUACAUACGCUUCAGGUUACAGACUCCACUAAUCCAGAAAUAUUACCUCAGGUUAAGAACUUUGUUUCAGGAUGAGAACAGAAAUCGUGCGGUGGCAGCAGGAGGCCCCAUUAGCUAAAGUGAUGCUUCAGGUUAAGAACAGUUUCAGGUUAAGAACGGACCUCCGGAACAAAUCAAGUAUGUAACCAGAGGUACCACUGUACAUGCUUGGUUGGUACACUUAUUAACAUUUAACAUAUAUCUAAGAUCUCAAAAUUCCUAUCACACUCUCCUGUACUAUUUCAGACACUAUACUUAUACAUUUGUACAUUUAUGAACAUUUAUUCUCUCUCUCUCUCUCUCUCUCUCUCUCUCUCUCUCUCUCUCUGACCUUAGAAUUCCUAUAACAACCCCUUCACGCAGCAUGUUCCACGUGGGUCUGCUCUUCUCAGAAGGAGGGAGCAGGCUGCCUAUGCAGCCAGGGUCACGUCACCACAGACCCUUUGCUCCACAUGUAGUGAUGGGAUAUGUGGGCAUAUCUUAUGGCUGAAGGAUUAUCUGGCCACGAGGACAAAGCGCUUUAGCGCUUCCGUGAGAUCCCAGGCCAGAGUCAGGGCACUCAGACCCUAAUCCUUCUUAAGCGGCCGCACCCUGAGCUCUCUGCUAUCAGAGAGGGACACGAUUCUGAGGCUGCAUGCACACCACACAUUCAAAGCAAAACAUGAAAGAAUCAUGGCUUCCCCCUCAAAAAAAAGAGGGGGGGGAGCCAUUGUUUGUUAUUACAGACCCUCCAAGUGUCCCUGUUUUCCAGGGACAGUUGUGGAUUUUCAGAAGCCGUUCUGGUUUCUGAUUUGAUCUCAGAAUGUGCUGCUUUUCCUUCAGACAUCCCUAUUUUUUAUCAGAUUAAUGUUGGAGGGUAUGUGUUAGGGUUGAUGAAAGUUGCUCAGAGACCUCUCUCUUCCUCCCACAGAACUACAAGUUCCCCGUGAAAAGAUAUUGAUUGUUAUACCUCUUUGGGAACUGUAGUUCUGUGAGGGGUCUCCCAACAUCUCUCUGCACCCUUGACAAAGGACUGCUGCCAGAAUUCUUGUCGUAUUAAAAGAGUUUCAAAUGCUUGUAAAACUGUUGGUUCUGAUGACACAAGAUUAGGCUGUGGUGACUGCGUCCCCUCAGAUCUUGUUUUGCUUUCGUGUGUAUUCAUUAUUAUUUUUUUGUGAUGGAUAGGGACCUCAAAAGCUGGAAGGGGCCUGAGUCUCUCUGGAUCUCUCGAGAGAGCCUGCUCCCAGAUGCAGUCAUGACUGAAAUGAUGAGGGGAUGUGAGGGCCCUGACACCCAGGGCGAAACGUGUGCUGCGUGCCAGAUGUCUACAGGAGGUCUGGAUCCUGCCAUGAGUGGUGAGCCUGGUCCGAACACUGAUCAGGAGAUGCAGUGGAUCUCAGCCAGGGAGGACAGUUCCCACCGAGCACCUAGUUUGAACACCCAGGUAUAAUUCCCUCCUAUGCAAGUUGAGGAAUUUCCCUUAUCCUUCUCAUCCAGUGUCUAAAGCACGAAUCAGAAAGCCAGUGCAUGUCCUCAUUGACGUUCCCUGUUCACUAGGGUCUCGGCAACUGGGACAUCCAAAUGCAAGCUUUGCAGGAGUUGAACUGCUAGCUCAAAGCAGAGUCUCUGUGUGUGAGCUCAGCUGCUUUGUCUACUGCAAUUGGAGUCUCCCCCCCCCCCAAACAAGUUUUAGUUAUCGGAAGAGUUUUAUUUACCAGAAAAGGAAAUGGCAAACUGAAGAUGACGUGAGCAACAUAAACCUUAUCACAAUUUGCUAACUGCAGAAUUGUAAAGUUGGAGGUCAGCUAAGCUGCAGCUGGCAUAGCUGAUGGUCAGGGAUGAUGGGAGUUGGAGUCCAGUGAGGUUUUCGGACUCCAACUCCCAUCGGCCCCUUGCCAGCAUGUCCAAUGGUCAGAGGUGAAGGGAGUUGUAGUCCAACAACAUCUAGAGGGCUACAGAUUCCCCACAGCUGAGCUAGAGCAGCCCAGCAGGUGGUUGUCCGGCUUCCGCUGGAGGAAGGGAGAACCCACCCAUUCCUCUAGGGCGGGGGGGUCAGCAAACUUUUUCAGCAGGGGGCCGGUCCACUGUCCCUCAGACCUUGUGGGGGCCAGACUAUAUUUUUUGGGGGGGAAUGAAUGAAUUUCUAUGCCCCACAAAUAACCCAGAGAUGCAUUUUAAAUAAAAGCACACAUUCUCCUCAUGUAAAAACACACUGAUUCCCAGACCGCCCGUGUGCCAGAUUUAGAAGGCAAUUGGGCUGAAUCCGGCCCCUGGGCCUUAGUUUGCCUACCCCUGCUCUAGGGCAUUGGCUCCAUUGUCAGACUCACUCUAUCCCCCUGUAACUUGUAAAGCCCACCAUGGCUGCAUGCACACCACACAUUUAAAGCAUGCAACUUCCCCCAAAGAAUUCUGGGAGCUGCAGUUUUGCCCCUAUUAUUCCCCGCACCCUGGCCGAACUACAGUUCCCAGGAUUCUUAGGGGGAAAUCCUGCGCUUUAAUUAAAGACAUGGUGCCCAGCACCCAGCCUCUCUCUUAGUCCUGAAUUUAAAAAAUCGUCAACGUGUGAAAAGGCCUUCCGUUCUUUGAUUUGGGUUAAAACUUCUUUUGCACUUCUCUCUCCAGCUCUUCCUAAGCCCUCCCCAGGGCCUGGGGGCAGAUCCCUUCCGCGGCUCCCCCUCGGAGUCAUGCGGCGACCUCCCUGGCGAGACCUACGAGGAGAUGUCCAGGGACCCCCUUGAGCUGCCCUGCGAGGAGAUGUGCGUCCGGGCAGCCCCUUGCGGGGGCCAGUGCCCGGAAUCGCCAUGUGAGGAACUGUGUGAGAGUGUCUUCAAGGGGCCAGCCUCCCGGAGGCUGUAUGAAGAGGAGCGUUAUGUGGAGACGUGGUCCGGGAAGGCUCGCCUGCCCUCCAUUGUAGUGGAACCCAUCGAAGUGGGCGAUGUGGAAAGCGGGGAGCUGCGGUGGCCCCCCGACUUCACGUUGCUGGAGGAGGCGGAGGAAGACGAGCUCUUUGCUGACGGCGAGGAGGACUUGGGGGCAGGUGAGUGUCCUACUAGUUCCCACCCCCCAAAUCCCAACUUGAUCUGUGGGUGGGGCUUUGUUCAGCCAGAACUUGCUGGAACUCAGUUCUGGCACCUCUCAGGUGGGCACCAUUACAGUGGUACCUCGGGUUACAUACACUUCAGGUUACAGACUCCGCUAACCCAGAAAUAGUACCUCGGGUUAAGAACUUUGCUACAGGAUGAGAACAGAAAGCGUACUCUGGCGGCGCGGCAGCAGCAGGAGGCCCCAUUAGCUAAAGUGGUGCUUCAGGUUAAGAACAGUUUUAGGUUAAGAACGGACCUCCAGAACGAAUUAAGUACUUAACCCGAGGUACUACUGUAGUGUUAUUUUUGUUGUUUUGGUUUAAUUAUUUACUUAGGUUUUAGCUUGUAUUUUAUUCUUGUGAACCGCCCUCAGAUCUUUUGAAGAAGGGUGGCAUAAUAAAUAAUAAUAAUAAUAAUAAUAAGACGUUCAUGGUGAGUUCUGGCACCUCUGUUUCUAGAAAAAUAGCACCCUAGUACAGUGGUAACUUGGGUUACAUACGCUUCAGGUUACAGACGCUUCAGGUUAGAGACUCCACUAACCCAGAAAUAGUGCCUUGGGUUAAGAACUUUGCUUCAGGAUGAGAACAAAAAUCGUGCUCCGGCGGCAGCGGGAGGCCCCAUUAGCUAAAGUGGUGCUUCAGGUUAAGAACAGUUUCAGGUUAAGAACGGACCUUUGGAACGAAUUAAGUACUUAACCCAAGAUACCACUGUAUGCCACAUUUUACUUAGUGAAUACAGCCCAGAAUCCUUUGCGAGAGAUUUUUCAGGUUAUCCGGGUCCCAGGUCCCCCUGUAACCUCCUCCCCUCUUCUUGUUUCCCAAGGAUUGUCGUCUUUUGACAGCGACGUGGAGGAGGUGCUUCUGUAACAUUCUGCCCAAUGUUUCCCUGGGACGGAUGGACAGAAACGGCACCUUCCCAACGCCACCCACGUCUAAUCACGACUUGGCGACGUCUUGGAAAGGGACUCUGGGGCAUCGCCUUGGAAAGAAGCAAAAGUAGCAUCCUGCUGUUUUGUUUCGAGGUGUCUCUCAGAGGGGUAGCAGAUGUCAGGAGCUCGUCCUACACUCGAGUAGGACCCUGGCAGAGACACAGGCCCGACUGGCAUGUUCUCUCCCUCCUGGUCGAUCGUUUGGGAGCUUCAGAAGCUUUCUUCAGCCCGAACAUCACAGCGACCGAUGCCAACAGACACCGGCACACUUAGGGAUCCGCAGAGUCUUCGCAGCUUGCGUAACAGACCUCAGCAACUCCGCAUUUUGGCUAAUCCACUUAUUUACAUAUAAACACACGCGGAGCACUGCAACAUGGCUCCCUCCCUCUCUCUCUCUCUAGCCCACUUCACGGAACACAGUAACACAAACAUCCUAUCUCCGUCAUUUCCGCUUUCCCAGGCAAAGGGACCU